CCAGGCUUUCCUCCCACAACUACUGGCCCACAGAGCAACUCUUCAGAGGCCAAGUCAGGGAGCAGCAUUGGAGGAUGAAGGAAGCAGAGAUGAAAGACAACAAGGUUCACUUCUGUACAGACAACCAGACUGUUGCCCUGUACAACCAAGGCCUGGACUCCUCAGCAGUGGCUCCUGCUGCCUCCAAGAAGCGAAGGCUUGUUCAGGCCACUGUGGCAUUUUUGGUCAUGACCAUUAUCACCUCUCUUAUGGCUCUCUUUUUUGUGGUUCUACAGAAACCAAGACCCGUACUGGCGUCCUCUGCCCACUACCAAGAGUUUCCCAGAGACAACACUACUGAGCAGGCCCCUGGGGAACCUGAUGAUCCCCACCACACUGGCAGGGUGGCAGAACUGCAAGAGACUAUCCAGAUGUUCAAAGACCAUGUGGAGAAUUCCAGCGCCUGGAGCGUGGACAUCCAGAUGCUGAUGUGCAGAGUGGAUAAUGUCAGUUCUCAGAUCCAGGUGCUCAGCGGUCAUCUGAGAAACACCAGUGCUGAUGUGCAGUCAGUAAAAGGUGCUCUCGAGGAUGCCAGUAUCUUGAGUUUCCAGACGCAGAUGUUGAACAGUUCCUUGGAGGCGGCCAGUGCUGAGAUCCAGAGACAGAAGAGAGAUCUGGAAAAGGCAAAUGCUUUAAAUUCCCAGACCCAGAGAUUCCUAAAAACUGGUUUAGAGAACACCAGCUCUGAGCUCCACAUGUUGAGCAGAGGCUUAGAAAAUACCAACACUGAAAUUCAGGCAUUGAAGGCAGGGUUGAAAAUGGCAAAUACCCAGGCCCAGUUGGCAAACAGUGGUUUAAAGAAUGCUAAUGCUCAGAUACUUAUUUUAAGAGGUAAUCUAGAUAGUGUCAAUGAUUUAAGGGCCCAGAAUCAGGUUUUAAGAAACAGUUUGAAAGGAACCAAUGCUGAGAUUCAGAAGCUAAAGGGAAGCCUGCAAACAGCAAAUGAUUUAAACUCCCAGACGCAGACCCUUGUACAAGGCAGUUUGGACAACACCAGUGCUGAGAUCCAGUUAUUAAGAGGUCAUCUGGAAAGAGCUGGCAAUGAGAUUCAUCAGUUAAAAAGAGAUUUGGAAACGGCCACUGCCCAGGCCCAAAUGGCAAACGGUCGCCUGGAGCAGACAAACGCUCAGAUCCAAGGAUUAAAAACAGAGCUGGAAAACACCAGUGCCUUAAAUGCCAACGUUGAGGUAUUAAACAAUCACUUGAAAAAUGACAGCAGAGAGAUACAGAUCCUAAAACAAGAAAUGAAAGAUGCUGCGGCCUUAAAAUCCAAGACCCAGAUGUUAGAGAGGAAGCUGCAGGAGGCCAACGCUGAGAUUCAGAGGUUAAAACAUGACGUGGACAACACCAAAACACUGGCUACAAAAGCCCAGGAGGUGCAGAGUAGCCUGGAGACCCUCCGUUCAGCCUUUGCUUCCCAAGAGCAGCGACAAAAUGAAGUUCUCCAGCUGAUCACGCAAGGCUGGAAGAUGUACGGCAGGAACUUGUACUACUUUUCUUCUGACAAGAAGACUUGGCAGGAGGCUGAGCAGUACUGUGUGUCCCAGGGAGCCCACCUGGCCUCAGUGACCUCUGCAGAGGAGCAGGCAUAUCUGAUCCAGUUCACAAGUACCUCCUACCACUGGAUUGGCCUCAAUGACAGGAACAGUGAGGGCACUUGGCGCUGGACUGAUGGGUCAACAUUCAGUUCUUCUGGGAGCAGACAGUUUUGGUCAAAGAAUCAGCCAGACAACUGGCACAAUAAUGGGGGGGAUGAAGACUGUGUUCAAAUUCAGCAGAAGUGGAAUGACGUAAGCUGCAAUGCCCGCUAUCCCUGGGUCUGCAAGAAGCCCUUCAGUCAGGGUGUGGCCUGAAACAGGCCAGAGCUGAGAGGUCACCGCCACUGCCAGCUCUGGACCCUUCCCACAGUGACGUCUUGUGAGCCUCUGAACCCAGCUUGUUCUCUGGGGCCUUCCAUUUGGCCUUUUGUAUUUCCUGCCCUGUCCUUUUAGUAUUUAACCCUCAAACAUGCUUACCUCGUGUGACCCUAUGGCAUCAACAGUUCCUCAAGGCAAGAGCCCUGCUGUGCUUCUGUAUCACCCCCAGCAACCAGCACAGGCCUGUCAGACAGCGGGUCUCCAAUAAAUACUUGUUGGAUGAACAAAGGCUUU